AUGCGCGCCCUUACUGACCCCUCAAGCAGCGGCCUAGGCAUGAAGACAUACGGACGACCAACAUGGCGCGUCUACGAUGACGAGCGGGUCGCAAAGAAAAGACGCGUCCAGGACGAGUCUGAUGAGGCAGAGAACAAUCUACAGUAUGCAAUUCGCGAGUCGUCUUCCGUCGUUCUAUCAAGCCCGUCGCGUCGCAACUCGGUCGUGUUGUCCGAAACUACAUUGGACGAUGACCUUGACAGUCUCACUACUCCACCCUCGUCACCACCUCCUCGAUUAACUCCCCCACCUGUCAACGCACGAAAACCAACCUUCAGCUUCAUUAAGAAGCGCAAACUCAAGGACAUCUCCGCCGGGUCACCCCUAGCCGAGGUCAACUCCAAUAGCUUGCGCUCCUCCGCAGAUCCACCUAAGAAGUUACAAAAGCAGACUACAUUGCGCCAGAUGCAAAUUGACUUAGGUACUGAGGUCCGCAAGACAUGCGCGACCUGUGGCAUGGAAUAUAUUCCAUCGAACACAGAGGAUGCGGCCUUACAUAAGAAGUUCCACGAAAUGAACUCAACUGGGGUUGACUUGGGAAAAGCUUUUAUGCGUGCUAAUGCCUCACGCUGGGUUUACGAGGCGACGCGAUUUGAUGAAGGAUACGUGGUCAUUGUAGAUCGCAAGGCAUCUCCCAGCGCAAAGAGUCAGGCCAAGCGAGUUCUUGAAGUGGUUAAUAAAGAGUUGUCGUCACCGGAAAUCCCGGAUGAGGUGCUAUGGAGCCAGGUAGAACCACCCAAGCACCUUCAGCAGGAUACCGCGGAGGAGAAAGUAGAUCGAUACCGGGUGUUCCUACACAUGAAAGACAGUCGGUGUGUUGGGCUCUGCUUGACCGAGCGCAUCUGGGAAUCACGACCGGUCGCACAGGCAGAACAGAAUGGCGCAACCAACAGCUCAUCAGUCACCGUGAAGGACGAGAUACAGCCAGCUGUGGUGGGAGUGUCGCGCAUCUGGACAUCCGGAACUUCUCGCCGGAAGGGAAUUGCACUUGAUCUCCUCGAUUGUGUGGUGAUCAAUUUCAUUUACGGCAUGGAGAUCCCAAAGGACCAGAUCGCAUUCAGCCAACCCACAGAAAGUGGAAACCGGCUGGCGAACAAGUUUUUCGCAGACGAAAAGACAUGGCACGUCUAUAACGAGCAGUGA